AUGUAUCCCAAAUUUGAAUCCUCAUCAGACCUAAUUUUGUACUUGAUAAGAGUGUCCUUUUUUAUGGGUUUAAUUUUUGGAGGAUUCAUGGUAUCCGAAAUAGUAAACCUGUUCCAAUCAAUAAAUGACCUUGGAAAGUUCAUCGACGCUUUAUUUUCAACAUUCACUAAUUUAGUAGCCCUUGUUAAAUUAAUUUCCAUCGCUUGGAACCAAGAUAAACUCGUAAUUUUAAGUGAAAAAAUCGACAGAAUGGAAUUCAGACCGAAAUCAGAAAACCAGGAAAAGAUUUUGAGAAGCCACGUCAAGAUUUCUAAAUUUCUAUCCCUAUCUAUGUACUGUGGAUGUGUUUCGACGUGUCUUUUUUGGAUUAUGUUUUCUUUAACCGACGAAGACGGUCGUUUGUUGCUGGUACCUGCUUAUUUUCCUUUCAUGAAUGAAUCUACGGGUGUUUUCAUUUUUUGUUACAUUUUUGAAAUAGUUGCAUUGUGGGUUUCAGGAUUUUCGGAUUUGAGUGCAGAUUGUUUCAUUGCAAGUUGGAUUAUGGUAGUGAGCGCACAGCUGAAAUUAUUGAACGAUACUCUAGCUAAUUUGCACGAUUUCGCUGAAGAUGAAUUAAAAAAGUACCAAAAUCCGUUGAAAUUAGACAAGAAAUCCACAGUGUUCAGAAAAAUUAUGAACAAAAAAUUGAUAGAAUGCAUAAUUCAUUACCAAUAUAUUCUCGAAUUCGCUAAGGAAGUAAAUGACUUAUUUUCGAUAAGUAUUUUUGGGCAGUUAAUCGUUAGUAUAUUCGUUAUUUGUGCAACAUUGUUUGAAAUUACUUCGGGAAUGUUUGAGAGUCGCAUAAAAAUAUUGUCAAUGUGCCUCUUUUUUAUUUGCUUGAUGACAGAAAUUUUUCCGGUUUGUUAUUUUUCAAAUGAAGUUGUUGCUGAGAGUGAUAAAUUGACAACUUCUGCAUAUCAAAGUGACUGGCUGGACUGCUCUGCGGAAUAUAAACAAAACUUGCUGUUUUUUAUGACCAGAACUCAGAAGGUGGUGAAAAUGUAUGCAGGAAAUUUCGUUGAAUUAUCUUUGGAUAUUUUUAUAAAUCAAAAGUUAGAUGGCCAUAGUCAGCUUAAAAGUCUUUGUGAGACCAGAUGGGUUGAACGUCACGAAUCUGUGCUUCAGUUUCAAAGUACUAUUCAAAUCAUUGUAGACCUUCUUGAUAUUAUUUCCCACUGGAAAGAUCGGGACGCCUCUCCAAAAGCAGAAUGUUUAAAAAAUGCUAUAGGUUUCACCAUUUUUAUAGUUUCUUUAUGCUCUCUGUCCGAUAUUUUAGCUUUGACUGCAAAUUUAAGUAAAAUAUUGCAAAAGAAAACAAUUGAUAAACACUAUGUUACUACGCUUACACAAAAUGUUAUCACCAUUUUAAAAGAAAGACGUCGAAAUUCCGAAACUUAUUUUAGGACCAUUUUUACUUUAGUGUCAGAUAUUCAUAAAAAAUUAAAUUUGGAAAUUAACAAACCAAGAGUUACUCAGAGACAAACGCAUCGCCCCAAUAUAUCUGCAGAAAAUAACGAAUUUUAUUUUAGACUUAACAUCCAUAUUCUUUUGUUAGAUAAUAUAUUGCAAGAUCUCCAAUUUCGUUUUAAUGAGGAAUAUUUGAAUACCUACGAGUUCAAUAUAUUUUUUCCUUCCAUUUUCAAUUCAAAAACGGAUACUGAAAUUAGUCAGUCGAUUGAAGUAGUUGCGGAAUAUAUAAGCAAAUUUGAAAAUAACCAAAACAAAGAUUUAAUACUUUUAAAAUUAAAAUCUGAAUUCAGUAUUUGGAAAAGCGUGAAAAGAAGCGAUACAGAUGGUAUCGGUUUAUAUUCGUCUUGCGAUAAAAAUAUAUUUCCUUUAUAA